AUGACUGCGAACAAGAACAGGAACCUUCUUGCACGAGCGACUUCUCCUAGUAUGACUGGUAGGAUCAUUACCCUCAAGUACGAUAAGGAUAGAUACUCCGACCCCAGACCAGAACUGUCUGCACCGCCAUCCGUCCCCGACUACGACCAUACACCCACCAACCAGCCAGAAGACCCUCCAGACACACUCGAGAUGGAAUUCACACCCACCAAGAUUGUCAAGUUGCAGUACAGGCGAAGCCGUACCAACUCGUCACAGUCUUCGCCCAUAAAAAGCCUGGAAAGAAGAAACAUCAACAGAACUCCCACACCCUCUUUGCCCAUGGCUGCGGGAGACCUUACAACUGUGCCCAACUUGAGCCGAGAAGGCUCAAGAUCAUACUCGGGGUCGGCAACACCCCCAAGAUCCACUUCCCCGGCAGAGAAGCCGGUUGGAGAAGCCACAGCGACGGUCUCGAGUCGGUCCGGCCCGCACAUCACCACGGCCCCAGUAACCUACACAUCAGUUCAGACGGCCAUAAAGUCGAUAGCCUCCGACGAUGACCCUCAGGCGUAUCUCCACAGCAUUCAUAUCAUCACCAGCAGGCUCCACCUCUUGAAGGAGGCCUAUAGGUCGGUGCAAACACUCAAGAGAAGAAAACUACAAGCAGCCGACUCUUCCUCAGUGUUGGCGGACACAACCCUCCACACCUCACAAACGGGGCCCAAUUUCGCCCUGGAACUGUAUCAGUAUCCGCUCUCGUCGCCAUUCCCCAAGCUCGUAUCUUCGCCCACACUGCAAGAGAAUCUUCUGUUGAACAGACACAACUCUGCCGAGGGAGAACUCCUCCAGUCUUCGCAGCUCAACCUGGACGACUCCGCGGCAGAAGACACAGAGCCCACCCAGGAGCCUGCCCCAGUGUCGCUGAUGAAUUGA